AAGCUGCAGCUGCUGGAUUUAAGAUGCACGUAAAUCACGACCCUAAAUAUGCUGCAAAAACAAAAGGCCGACCGCAUUUCACCCUGGAGAGUGAACUGCAGCUCCGCCCAUUGAACGAUGGGAUCUGAGCCAGGAUUACAAACAUAAUCAUCAGGUUUGUGUGUCCGCACCCUCAGAGGAAUGUGACUGUGUGCGUGGACGUGGCGUGGCAGGAAAAUCCCGGACAAAGACAGACCGGGCUUUUCCACGUGGAGCCUGCCACGGAGCAAAAGCCGCAGCGGGGACCGGAGCGGGGGAGGGCGCAGUGCUGCAGAGCCGGCGGGGCGGUGCGGGGCGGUGCGGGACGGGACGGAGGUGUCCUCCAGAAAUGAACCUUUAACCUGCGGAAAUCAACGUUUCUCCUGUCAACACUCCAGCUAUGCAUUCAGGUCUGCGAAUGGGGAACCGGCUGGUUCCUCCUGCUCUGUCCCUGUGUUUCCUCAUUAACCUGAGCCUGGCAGCACCAGGACUCCCUGGGACUCAAAGGGAAGAAUCAGAUGUCCGUCCCCCUCCAGGACUGAUCAACCCCUUUGGCUCUGGAGAAGAGGAACGCAGGUUGUUGCAGAGCUACAUUCAGGAAAGUCUGCGCAACGGCCAGGGAAGUCCUGACAUCACUUCCUGGGAGCAAGAGGUGUUCUUCCUGUUUCGUCUUUAUGAUUAUGAUCGCAGCAGAUUCUUGGAUGGCUUGGAGAUCAUGAAGCUGCUCUUUGACUACAACUCCCAUCAUGCACUGGGAUUAGAGGCCAGUGAGCAAGUGGUGUCCAUGGUGGAUUUCUUACUACAAACUCAGGAUCUGAACCAGGAUGGCCUGCUGGACCCUUCAGAGCUGCUGUCGCCUUCAUUGAUUAACACACAGGGCUCAAGCGACAACAAAACACCUCAUCAAGAGCCGGAGUUGGCAGAAGAGAAAAUGCAAUCAAACACAGCUGCUGUGGAGUCGAAUGCAGGAGCGGCGGAGCAGAAAGACGAGCAGAAAGACGAGCAGCACCUGGACGUGAUGAUGCUUCAGGACGAACCCGUAAAGCAAACAGAGGAACAUCGAGAUCAAGAACCUCCUAAUGCGUUAGCAGAACCCCACCAUGAGCCUGUGCAUCAAGGGCAACCAGAAAUAUAAAUAUUAACCACUUUACCAUUUAGCCUGCUUUAGAAAAAAAAACUUUUAAAGAUAAAUUUAUCACUGUAAAUUGUGUGUUUUUUUAAUAUAUGAAUCUCUAAGCAUAUUUUAAAAAAUGGCUGUUAAAAUGCUGGGUCGCUUUAACGGCUUUCUGUCGCAAUCUUCCUACAAAUAAAGUGAUUCCCACAACGUUUUUACAAAGGUAGAGGUUUUAAAUUAAACUCCUAAUCUUUCCAUAAAUUAAAAUGUUAUGAUUGGCAGAAAUAUUUCACCAAAGUAGUCUGUUCUGACAUGCUAGAAUACAAUAUAUUAUAUAGAUAUGUAUAUUCUUUCACAUCCUAAGAUGUUGACAAAUAUCCUAUUUCAGAUAAAAUUGAAGUGGAGGUUGAAUGAAUGAAUCCCGGAUUAGUUUGUUUUCAGUAUUUCCUUUGCAUACAACCAAAAACGCAUACACUCCCCUGACAAAGACAAGAUCUUUAUUUUGAAUGACCAAACUGACAAAAGAUGAUUUCUGACCAUGCAAAUAGGAAAAUAAAAAACAAAAAGCCUUUUUGUUGUGAUCAGUGAGUCACAUUUCCUACAUCGAAACCCUCAUCUGAUGGGAUCCGUCAUUGUUUGGAACUAUUAUUAUCCGUUUGGUAUUCAUGAUGUCCAAGGGGUGCAAUUAGACUGUUAUUUAUUUACACUGUUCUGACAUAUAGUUAGCCUAGUAAACCCAGUGUGUUUAGAUACAUCGGUUAUGUGCCAUAAAAUAAAUCAACAUACAUUUUCAGAAAAUGCUCAUCUUUGUUAUUACAUCCAGAAUGACCAGUUGAAAUAACUGAUUUUUUUUUUUUUUUUAGCAUUUGAUUCAAAAUGUUUGCGAGGAAAUGCUUGUAAAUCGACUGAAUUUAUAAAUUAUUUAUUCACUUUUUGAAUCAAGUUUAAAGGCUUUUGCUUUAAAAAUAAAUAAAAUGUUUCUUUUA